AUGCGCGAUAUGAGCGACCCCGACCGCGCAAUGGUCAAGACUGCAUGGCUCGAACGGUUGAUAACUGGGGCGAAGGCUUCUGGAGCAAGGGUCCCUAGGAAAAGGGGACCAAUCAUGUCGAGUUCCGACUCAGAUGAGUCUGAGGCUGAAGGAGCUCAGGCUCGACUUCCCAGCUUCUUCCGGAAGCACCAACCAGUGCGCCGGCGGGAGCCUACAAUCAACCUUGUCAGCAGUGAAUCAGAGGACGAGAGUAGAGAGACGUCAGCCAAUCGCAGGCCUACCUCCGACAAGCACCAACCUGUUCCGCACGCAGUACAAAAGCGUAAGCGAAGUGCUGAUGCAGGAUCCGGCAACGAGGCCACAAGCACGGCCCCACCGCAGCCUAACAAACAGGCUCGGCUCGGCAUGUUUGGUUGGAAGCCAAUGACGAGGGAGGAAGCUCACGAGAAAUGGCGGACAGAAGCUGCCGCAACCAAGGAACGGAGCAUGAAGCUCGCUCAGCAGGAGGAGGAGCAGCGCGAGCAGAAGGCUGCCCACAGACGUGAGAUUGACCGUGUGCGUCAGCAACGGCAUCGAGCGAAGAAGGCAGCUUUGAAGAAGACUCAACCCGGGCUAGCUAGUGCCAAGGAACGCAUCAGGGUUAGAGCUAGCCCGAAGCGGGGUGAGCUGACGAACCUUGCGGAGAUAUCGCGGCCACAUGGCUCGGUAUGGAAGAAGAAGCGGAAUGGGAAGAAGCUUCACAUCCCCGACAACGCGGACGAGCUAUGCGAACGUACCUUCUUCCGGAUCAUACAUGCUGUUGUCAUGUACGACAUCCCGCCAUCGCUCAUCAUUGGCAUGGACCAGACGGGAGUCAUGGUCUUGCCAAACAACAAUACGACCUACGAGGAGACGGGCGUACGACAGGUCAAUGUUGUGGCGAAGGACGAGAAGCGAGCAUACACACUUUGUGUCGCUACGAGUGCCGAUGGUGAUAUCCUUCCCUUCCAGCAAGUGUGGAGCGGGCAGACUGUAAAGUCGCUCCCUGACGUGGAUGCGGACGGAAUGGAUAAAGCGCAGAUGCGCGGAUUCGAUUUCUCUUCGGCUGCAAGUGCCAAGAAAACAAGUCACUUCAGCACUUUGAAGACGAUGAAGGAGAAGAUACUCGACCUGAACCUUCCUGCAGACCAGCGGGCAAUCCUCAUCAUUGAUUGCUACCCUGUCCACACGAGUGAAGAGUUCCGUGUCUACAUCUGGACCGAGUUCCGAACGCCUAAUCGAGUCAUCAAACAUCGAUUGCGUCAGGCCGCUCUCGAGUUCCUCGUCAACAGCCAUUCGCAGCAGAUAGAUCAGGGACUCACACCUGAACAGGUCAAGAUCACUACCUCCAUCAAAACACUCCGAAACGCCAGUGUUGCACCGCUAGUCGACGUCUUCGACUUCCUCGACUCUGCAGGCGGAAGGACCGUCAUCCGCCGGGCUUGGGAGAAAUGCGCUGUCAAGGAGUGGAAUCUGUCAGCCGAAUGCAUCACCAGCCGACGAGCGAAGGCGGCAUGGCGCGAAUACUUACGAAAGGACGAGACACUCCGGAACGAGAUUGAGGGGAAGAUUGGUGAGCUAGGGGAUUUGAUUGCUGAGGAACCAGACGAAGAAGGCGAGACCAGCACCGAGGAGGCGUAUGACGACACGGAUGUUUCCUUGCGAGCCGUUGUUCAGCAAGCACUUGGGGUUGAUGUACCCGAGGCAGAUCAGCAGGCGAGCCGUUCUGCACUGGCGCGUUUGCAGCGGAAGUUCGAGCUGUAGACCAGACUUUGCAGAGCAGUGGUGAUCAGGAGGAUGUUUGGGCUUUUGACGACGCAGGAGAGCUUUGGGGAGAAGCAGGCGCGGUCGCCGCUGUGCAGGAUCGAUCGUGACACCCCUAAUGUAACUAGCUCUUAGCAACCGAUGU